AUGGCGAAUCGCAGACCCCAAGGUAACGGCAGGCGUAUGGAUUUCGGUAGGAAUGAUCGCGGGAAGAAUUUCCGUGGGGGAGUUUCCCCAUGGCAGGGAGGAGGCCCGGGGGGUGAUUUGCCAAAUCUUCUGCCACUAGGCGGCGGGCCAACUGAAGCGACCCUGGCUUUGGCCAGCAACCUCAUAAAUCUACUCCAACCACGUCAAAACCCUGUCCCGUCAUUACUAGACAUGCCAAUACGACGCGACUUCGGUCCUAACAUGAACCGGUAUGAUCGUGGUUAUGGACCGAACAGGAUGGGCAAUCAAGGUAAUUUCCGGCGUUCGGGAAAUUACAAUCGAGCUGGUGAGCGUGUGCACAACAAUCGUAAACCGUUCAGACCCAAUGAUGGGAUCAGGCAACAAAACAAGAGCUCCCCGAAAAAGGAUGCCGAUUCAAAGGCAAAGCCUGUAAAGGAGAGUGAGGAAAAUAACCAAGAAGGCUCUGAUAGACCGGAAAAGGAAGAAGAUAAGAAGGAAGUUCCGAAAACACGUUAUGAUGACAUCAACCCUCAAUUACUGAAAUGUCAUAUUUGUAACAAAUCUAUGUGGGAUGGACGGUCAUUUGAAAACCAUCUAAGCGGUCGAGCCCACGCUAUAAUGAUGCAGAAAACUGCGGAAAGCUACGCGCUAACAGCUGAUACGAUGCGCCAAGAAUUUAAGAUACGUGAAAUGAAACGCACUCGGAAAACAGGUCAACAACCCCCUCGCGAAUUCUACUGCGCUAUGUGUGAUAUAUACGCGGGGGAUGGGGCCAUACAUCGCACGACCGUCGGACACCGGAAAUUGAAGAAAUACCUACAUCCAACAUGCACUUCCUGUCACAAAGAGAUGCCAACACGUAUUGAACUGGAUGAACACAGACUGACGGCUGAGCACUUGAAGAAUAUGCAGGAGAAACAGGAGACUAUAUCUAAACCUAAGCCUGAAGUAAUGGUGAUAUCAACUCUUAGUAUGGAACAAACUUACUUGCGUGAUGACCGUCAGCGUUGGAGACGCGAAAAACACGAUCGCAAGGAUGAGAAACAGGAUGACGCCGAUAAAGAUGUUAAGAAGGAUCAAGAAGGUGAAACGGAUGGAGAAGUAAAACAAGAAGAUAAAAAGGAAAUAAACAUCGACAAUGAAAAUACUGUUCUUGAUUACAAGGAAGGAGAUGAAAUUACCAAUGUAACACCCGAUAUGUUACCUGCUUACAGUACCGAUCGCGGCGUCGGUGCGUCUUUCUUGAGUGAGUUCCGUUGUGUUCAAUGUACAUUGUGUCACAAACUGUUGGAUGGAGAUGAAACGGCCCAAGUACAUUUGAGGACUUGGAGACAUCACCAGCUAUUUGUGAGACUUAUUAAUGAAAAGGCUGGGAAUAUUCAGCCACAGUCAGAGGCAGUGAAGCGUUCAAUGAAUGAUGAUUCAGGAACAUGGAAACGCAGAAAGACAUCUAGAGAUGAAGAAAAUGGGCAUGAAAAUGUUAAAGAUACAGAUGAUCAUAAUGAAGAUUCAGAACAAAAUCAAGAAAAUCCGGAAAAUAUGAAUGAAUUGGCAGCCGAUGAGCUUGAAGAUUGGGAACAAUCUGUUGAUGAUAUACUCAAUGAAGAGAGCGAUAUUAUAGAGAAAGAACUUGAGACUGAAACACAAGAAGAAACGCAAUCAGAAGUAGAGGCAGAACAGAAGAAUCUACAAGAAACACCUACUACAACAACAGAAGAGAAAAAUGGAAAUGAAUUAGAAGAACAACCGGCUGAGCCAAAGAAAACACCGCAAAAAGCAACCAGAGGCCGAGGUAGACGUCGCUUUUAA